AUGGACAAAGAGAUCAUCGAACCGACAUCGAAUAGUAGUCAGGGGAGCCGUAGCUCUCACGGGUCACAGCAAAGUGCACAUAACCCGUAUAAGAAGGACUUAUACCCGUUCUCACGCCCAGUUGAACACGGGCGAAAUACUCGAGCACCAAAAGUCCCCGUGAAGAAGAAUUCACGUGGGUCGGACGCAACGUACCAGAAGGCACUCGAAGCAGUGUCAGCUCAGGAGAGCUCAAGCGACGACCUGAAACGAUUUCCCGCGCCUGCGGCGGGAAGUAGCGAGGUGAACCAGGAGGUCACCAAAGAAGGAACGAAAUCGGAAAAAGUCGCGGAGAUGGAUCAGACAUCGCAAAAGGAUAUAUCAGACCAGGAUAAGAAGGAGAACCUGGUCAAAACCGAUCUCACGGAGCAGCCAAAGAUCACAUCAGAUGAUCUCAAUGAACUCAGGCUAGACGAUCUCACACUUGGAGAUGAAACUGGAACCGAGGAUCUCUUCAUGAGUCCGAUGGCAUCUGAUGAGAUGAUGUCUAAUCGCGGAAAUGAAGAAUCGUACUUCACUGAGGAUGAGAUGACAUUGAAUAUGUCAUUCAAAACCGCAAUGAAGGAAGCUGAUCGAGCUCAGGGAUUGACACCUUUUGAGGACAUCCCCGAGAGUCUGAUCGAAAGGAAUCAGACAGGGAAGAUCGUCAACGUACGAUCUCCAUCUCCGAACAGCCCUACCUCAAACUUGAAACGACGAGUCCGAGAGCUGGAAACCUUAUUGGAAGAAAAAGAGGCCCAGGUUAUCAAGAAAAAACAGGAAUAUCGAACUCAACUGGGAUCUCUGCAGUCGCGCAUCUACGACUUGGAACAGCAACAAGGUGCUCUUGAGAGCUCAGCAGAUGAAUGGAAAGUUCGAUAUGAACGACAAAAACAGAUCGCUGAAGAAUCGAUGAAAGUCGCUGAUGACAGAGAGAUGGAAGGCUACAUAGCCGUAAAUGAACUUAACGAGAGAAUGUCCGAAGAGACAGCUGAAAGGUCACGGCACAUAGCCGAAUUGAAGGAUCAGUGCGAUGAACUUCGCAAAAAGGCAGAUGAAGCUGAAGCGAAGCGAGACGAAUACGCAACCAAAUUAGCGGAAGCAACCAAACGAUUAACAGCGGUGAAUAAGGAUAUAUUUAAGCUCAGAGAGGACCUGAAGCUGAAAGAUGGGAAUAUUCAAACUCUCCAAAGGGAAUCGGAAGAUCACCAGAAACGAGCUGAUGAUGCUCUUAAAGUGGCACAAGACCUGAGAGAGCUCCUAGCUACUGAAGGGGGACGACUUAAAGAUGAAAUCAGGCAAGUCACUGAGGAGAACGCACAGCUCAAAGAAGCUGGUCAGAAAGCGGCCGAAUGGGGCCAAAGAUGGGAAGAUGAAGCACGACGACUAGAUACGAAGGUGACAAAAGUCGAAGUGGAAAGCAAAGAACAUCAGAAAAAGAUCCGUGAGCUGACAGAUGAGAAUAUAAAGCUCAAUACGGAAAUAGUCGACAUGACACAAACAGUGAUGACUCACCAAGACGAAGUCACCCGAUCGAGAACUCAUCUGAAAUCGGCAGCUGAUGCGUAUGCUCAACUGGAACAGCAAAUGAAUCAGCUAAUCGACCAGAUCAAAGCGAGAGAGACAGACGAAAAGGAGUUAAACGCGGAGACGAUUCAGCGGCAGAAUUUCGCCCAUAUGCUCAAGCAGGAGCGAGAUCAGCUGCAAACGGAAAACGAGCAGCUCAACAUCAGAAUCAAACGUCUCGAAGACGAGAACAAGGGCCUGAAAGUGACAAAUAAACACAGGGAAGAGCUAAUUCUGCAAGCAGGAAGUGGAAAAAGGGAUACGGCUGAUACGCCCCCGCCUAGCAACAGUAAGGCACAAGAAGCGGGCGGGAGCUUCCAUUUCGAGAUGCCGCUGCGAACGGGCGGCGGCACAGGGGGGCUGAAAAUGGAAGAAAAUGGAGAAACCACGGACAAUAAGAAACCGUCAGGUAGUCACCAAACAUAUAUGAGCUUGGGUGACCCUUCACAGUUCUAA